UUCGUUCCCGCUGAGAGGUUGAACUGAGAGAGAAAGGGGAGCGGACGGUGAAGUGUCUGUCUCCCAUCUCACGGACAGAAACCUUUGCGCCUUACUUAUUUCUCAGACUGGAAGGGAAGUCGACUGGGCUGAUCUCCACAUAUAACGAGAUAAACAUAUAUAUAAAACAAUGCGCCUCCCUCGAAAAUGUUGGACCUUAUGCACCACCAUAAGUAUCAUUGUGAUAUGUUUUAAAACAAAGGACAUAACAAGAUCGGAGCACCAUCAUACGCAACUGGGGGAUGGAGAAGCGAGUCCGACACGAUUGAUGGUCAACGGCUCCAGUCCAGCAAAUGGGAAGAAUCUGCUUCCACGCUUCAAACACUCAUUGAAGGGGUGGAAAAACAACGCGUCCCUCGUUAUCAAGAUCAGGAAGGAUAUUCUUCGAUUUUUAGAUGCAGAGAGAGACAUAUCUGUGGUGAAAAGCAGUUUGAAGCCAGGAGAUAUAAUUCAUUAUGUGCUGGACAGGCGUCGAACCCUCAACAUCUCGCACAAUUUGCACAGUCUUCUUCCGGAAGUGUCGCCGAUGAAGAACAAGCGAUUCAAUACUUGUGCGGUUGUAGGGAAUUCUGGAAUUCUUCUUGGAAGCGGAUGUGGAAAAGAGAUUGACAGUCAUGAGUUCGUAAUAAGGUGUAAUCUUGCGCCCCUUCUGGAAUACGCCAAUGAUGUUGGACUCAAAUCUGAUUUUGUCACGAUGAAUCCGUCAGUUGUGCAAAGAGCGUUUGGGAGUCUUCAGACUGAGACAGACAGAGCAAAAUUUGUCGACAGGCUGGCAGUGUUGAAUGACAGUGUUCUGUGGAUCCCUGCGUUCAUGGUGAAAGGAGGAGAGAAGCACGUGGAGUGUGUGAAUCAGCUGAUCCUGAAGAACAGACUGAGCAUACAGACAGCUUAUCCAUCCCUUCGACUCAUACAUGCUGUCCGUGGAUACUGGCUGACAAACAAGGUUUAUAUCAAACGACCAAGCACAGGCCUACUGAUGUACACCCUUGCAACUCGGUUUUGUGAUGAGAUCCACCUUUAUGGAUACUGGCCCUUCCCAAAAGAUACAAAAGGUGUCCUGGUUAAAUACCACUACUACGACAAUUUAAAAUACAGAUACUUUUCUCAUGCUGGGCCACACCGAAUGCCACUGGAGUUCAAAACGUUAAAAUCUUUACAUGACAAAGGAGCUUUGAAGUUAACAACAGGGAAGUGCAUCCAACCCUAGAAGUCACAGCUCUGAAGAAAGUUGGUGCGAUGUUUGCACAUUGUACAUUUUUUGUGAAAAGAUAAUUCCUCGACGAUAAUUGCAGCAAUGCUGUGAAAUGCUCAAUGCCCAACUAUGUUUACAGCUUCAGAUUGAAAUAUAGUCUCACUGCUUGGAGCAAAGAGCAAGCAAUGAUGUGUUAACAAUGAUUGAAUAUUGAUUGACAGAAUGGUUCAGGUCUGUGAGAUCUGUCGUUGUUAGCGGGGCCCUGCAUUCAUUGGAGCCUCAGAUGGCCUGAGAACAAAAUGGGCCUUGGUGUUAACUAGAGGUCAGUAUUAUUAGUCUUGAGCAGCUGUCUCAGCAAGCAGUCAAUGCCAAAGUGCUACACGUGUAUAAUAAUUGUUACUGAGCCACAGUUUGAAGAGACAUCUUUCUUACCUACCUAUGUGAAUCAGCUGAGGGUACCAUCUGCUGUAAAAAUUACAAGGGCACGAGUGGACUAAAAGACUGAUAGCACCACUGCCCAUCGUCGUCAGUAGAUUUAUAGCUCAAAGAAUGUGAAGAAGCUGUCUUAUGUAAUGUGCUGAAUGUGAACUGUAACUUGUUAAAGGUGCCCUUUCUGCUGGUACCAAAGAUCUUUAUAUACUGAUCCUGUUAUAAGUCACUUGCAUUUGCUAAAUUUACUUGGGCAAAAUGUUUUGUGCGAUUCCUACGUUUGGUUUCAGUAGGAGAAACAAGGAGAUAAAAGAAGGUAAAGUGGUGAAUGAAGUAAAAAGCACAAGUCUUAUUUAAGCAAAAGCACAGGUUACCAGAUCCUUAAAGCAUCCUUGAAGUUAAUAGUUAAAAAAAAAAAAAAAUUGACACAUUUAAAAAGUUCUGAAUCAUAUUAUGAUUUUAAGUUUGACUUUUUUUUGCAAACCACAAAUAGAUUGUCAGCACUAUUUCUUCUUUCUGUACAUUGUGGUGCCAUUGUGCCCAAAUCAUAUAUUUUACCACUUACUGUAAAGUUUCUACUUAUUUUUUUAAUGUUUUGUUUGUGCAGUUUUUGAAGGAGGUUUGUGUUAGAAUUUUUAACAAUUUGCAACUCUUCUUAAAUCCCACUUUCCAGUGUUGAAGUAGCUCUCCUGAUUACACUAUUAAAACAGGCAUGGGCAUAGUGAAGAUCUACUUACAACACCAGGAGUUCGGGAGAGUGAUUCAGGAUCUUGCAUUUCUGUUACUGUGGGAUUAAUAUAAAGUGAACAUGAGGAUUUGAACUACUUCAAAACUAAUAUGCAGCCUAUGAAACCAAGUUAUGAUCAAACAACAGAUACAAACAGUUUAGUAUUUGGUUCCUCAGAGAUGCUCCCAAUUAGUUUUAUUCCCCGCUUUAGGACGUCUUCAUCAUACCUAAACAGAAUAAUUUAUGUUUAUAUCUUAAAUAAGGGACCAGAUUCUUGCUCCCACCCUGAGACCAGAAUGUACACUUAAACUCAUUUAGAUUUUCAAAUGGUCAUGUAAGUAGGUCCCAAGAAAUUAAUGUUAUAAUUUCACACAAAAUGAUCAUGCUCACUAUCUCAAUGAAGGUGCCAUUUUCUUUGACCACCAAUUCUUUAACUCAGAACUGCAGGAUGGUGCCACCAACAUCUCCACAUUCGUAACCAGAUAAGGAAGAAAUCUUUUCUCUUCUGUUUCCUGCUGACCCACUUUUGGCACACAUCAUCUAAAGUGGGUGAUAACCCACUUUAUUAUCUAAAUGUUGAUAAUAUUUAGAUUAAAUAUAAAGGGCCCAUCCAACUUCUUAAAAUAACAUCUCAACUAAGCCUUUGCAGAAAUAUAAAAGCAGGAAUCUGCAGGUGCCAGAAAUCUGAUGGAAGAUCACUGACCUUGAAUGUUAAUCUUGUUUCUCUCUUUACAUAUGCUGUACUGUUUCCUGAAUACUUCUGGCAUGCGUUGUUUUUAUGACCCUUUACAGGGCUGGCUGCUUUAUUUGCUGAGGUGCAGUGUUGGCUUACAAUCUUAAGGGCCUGUCCCACUUUCACGACUUAAUUCAAAACCGCUGCCGAGUUUAAAGGACCAAAAAAAACCCCAAGAUCGUGGUGAUCUACAAACUCCUACAACCUUCCACGACUA